UUUUCAGGCACUCUUUUCGGUCUGGUAAUGAGACCAGGCAGCUAAUGACAUGCAUAUCUAAGGAUAUGAUCAAAUGAAAUAAAAUGUCCAGUCGAUUUAAUUUUAGUGAGCCAUUGUGACAGUUUCCUUUUGAGCCAAAAUGAUUUAAUUGGAAGAUAACCAAGUAACUUUGUUAUCUACUGUUUCUGACUAUAUUCAAGCAAAUUCCUCUUGUAUUUUCUUUAAACAUGCUCAAUUGUAUAAAAGCAAACCUGCCUGUUUGUUAUUGAAAGAGAGUAAAUAUGGUUAAAAAAAAGACACAGAGAGAAAGGACAUAAAAAAAAUAGAUAUCGAGACGCCGUUUGUAAAUAAAUUGGGAGAGGGGCAAAAAGUUUGAAAACAAUAAACAAUUGUCUUUUUUCUUCACUUAAUAUGACUUCUUCAGACAAUACCCUUGAUAGUAUUCCUGCUGAUCAGCAAGGUAGCUUCUCUUCUUUUUUAAAGACCUUGGCUUCCUUUACUGGCGACCUUUCUAGCUUGACUUGUCCUUCUUUCUUGUUGGCCCCUAUUUCCUUGUUAGAAUAUUCUUCUUUUUGGGCCGAUCAACCUGCUCUUUUCAGUGCCAUUGGAAAGUCAGAUAAUGCUGAAGAACGUUUCUAUGCAGCUAUGAAGUGGUUUAUUUCUUCCUUGAAUGGUUCUUUCUCUAGCCGUGUCCCCAAGGGAGAAUGGGAAAAGAAGCCAUUCAACCCUAUCCUUGGUGAACAAUUCCUUUGUGAAUGGGAUGAUAAGACACGUAUUGUUUGUGAGCAAGUCUCUCACCAUCCUCCUGUAUCAGGUUUCCAUAUUGAAAACAAGGAAGCUGGUGUGGUUUUGAAUGGGCAUGAUGGUCAAAAGACUCGUUUUUCAGGCACACAAAUGUUGGUGGAUCAGAUUGGUUAUUGUACUCUUAAGCUUACCCAACGUGACGAAACUUAUUUGUUCACAUUACCCUCUGUAUCUGUCAAUGGUAUUUGGUAUGCUGCUCCCUACGUUGAACUUUAUGGUACUUCAUUUGUCCACUCUUCAAGUGGAUAUUUUGCUUCUAUUGAAUAUACUACCAAGGGUUGGAUUUCUGGUGAAGUUCAUCACUUCAAGGCUACCAUCACUCACAGCUCUCUCUCUACUCCUACUGUAAUUGAAGGUCAAUGGACUGGCAAGUCUACUAUCACAAAGAACAAGAAGACUCAAGAAUUCCUUGAUUUGACCAAUCUUGAAAAGCCCAAGCCUCAUGUUAAAGCUGUCGAACAACAAGAUGAAUUAGAGUCUCGCCGUGUAUGGCAAAAGGUGUCUGACGCACUCAAAGCAGGUGAUUAUGCUACUGCUUCUAGUGAAAAGUCAGCCAUUGAAAAUCAUCAACGUGCUCUUCGUAAGGAACGUGAGGCCAACAAUGAGAAAUGGAGUCCCAAGUACUUUGAUUCUGUUUCUGGAGAAGAAAUCUAUGGCGACUUGCGUGAAAAGAUCAUUGCCAAGGCUGAUUCAAAGUUUGUAGAUACAAUGGGUGAAGGUGGUUGGAAGUUUAAGGAUAUUUAAAUUAAUAAAAUUU